AUGGCCAACGGCUACAUCCUGUCAAGACAAAUCUCAGACCUCGAGAGAAAGAUGGACAUCAGGAUCACCGCCCUCGAGAGAAAGAUGGACAUCAGGAUCGCCGCCCUCGAGAGAGAUGUCAAAAUACUAUUACGCCGGAAAGGCUGUUCCUGGAUGUAG